AGGGCGACCUCGGCCAGACGGGCUUGCUACUGCGCGCCUUCUUCCCGGGCCCCACCGGCGUCCCCCCUUCCUCAGGUGGUAGGCGAAGGGGCAGGGCACGGAGGGUGCCCGGAUUCGGCAGGCCAGAGCUGCCGAAAGCCAUGAGAGGACGACGCUGGCUUUCCGGCCUGGCGCCACCGCCUUUGCGGCCGCAGUCUGCCCCAGAAUAGACUGCGUCCCUGAAGCGGCGGGGUGGACGGGGCCUUCCGUCGGCCUCGGGAUGCCGUCCCGGGACACCGGCCUGGGUUUCGGUUUCCUGCUCGGGUCACGUGCGAAGGGCAGCCGGGCGGGUCGCCAUAGCAACACCAAUCGCGGGCCCGCCUGGCUGGUGCCCGCCCCGCCCGGGCCUUAAGGAGCGGCACCCGCGGCGGCGGGGGCGGCAGAGCCCGGCCAUGCCUCGCGGCCCGCGGCGCCCGCUGGGGCCUGGCCUCCUGCUACUGCUGCUGCUGCCGCUCGCGGCCGCGCCUGGGCACCGCGGCGCCGAGGGGCCGUGGGAGGGCGCCGAGGAGCCGGGCUCGGCGCGGGCCUGGCUGCGCGCGGCCGGGGCCCUGUCCCGGCGGUACUGGGCGCUCUUCAGCUGCCAGGUGUGGCCAGACCACUGCGACGAGGCCGCCGCCGACGCGGGGCCCGGCGGCUGGAGCCUUCCUGGUUUGGGUCAGCGGUACCUGGAUGUCCUCUCCACGUGGUACCGCGGCUUCCAGGAGCGCUGCCCUGGCGGGGAUUGCAGGAUCUCCAACAACUUCCCAGGUUUAGAGUCUGACCUGAGUGGGCGUCUGCACGGCCAGCAUUUGGCCCGAGAGCUGGUCCUGAGAACAGUGAGGGGCUACUUAGAGAUGCCCUGGCCAGAGAAGGCCCUGGCUCUGUCAUUCCACGGCUGGUCUGGCACAGGCAAGAACUUUGUGGCACGGAUGCUGGCAGAGAACCUGUAUCGGGACGGGCUGAGGAGUGACUGUGUCAAGAUGUUUAUUGCCAUGUUCCAUUUUCCACACCCCAAGUAUGUGGACCUGUACAAGGAGCAACUAGCAGGCCAGAUCCGGGAGACACAGCAGCGCUGCCAACAGAGCCUGCUCAUCUUUGACGAGGCUGAGAAGCUGCACCCGGGACUGCUAGAGCUCCUUGGACCAUACCUGGAACGCCAGGCCACCGAGGGCUGCAGCACCAGGCCUCCCAGAACCCUCUUUCUUUUUCUCAGUAACCUUGGGGGCAACGUCAUCAAUGAGGUGGUCCUGAAAUGGCUUAGGGCUGGACAUUCCCGGGAAGAAAUCACAGUGGGACACUUGGAGCCCCAUCUCCGGGCCGAGAUCACGGAGUCCACAGACAGUGACUUUGGCCACAGCCGUCUUGUGAAGGGAAACCUGAUUGACUUCUUUGUCCCCUUCUUGCCGCUGGAAUACCAUCACGUGAGGCUGUGCGCUCGCGACGCUUUCCUGAGCCAGGAGCUCCCAUACACAGAAGAGUCCCUGGACGAGAUCGCCAACAUGAUGACCUACGUCCCCAAGGAGGGACAACUCUUCUCCACCCAAGGCUGCAAAUCUGUUGCUCAGAGAAUCACCUACGUCCUGCCUUGAAGACCGAAGGAAGCCUUCCUGGAGCUGCCGGGCUGCCAGCCGGCAUCCAGCAGUCACUGGCCAGGAGCUGUGACAGGAAGGCCUUACUCAGAAGCAGAGCCAGUUCUUAAAAUCACGUGGUGCCUUAAAGACCCACCGACCAGAAUGUGGGCCAGGAGGCUGGAGAAAGGCGGUGGGAGAGCGGCAGAGCCAGGGCUGGCUGCGGCUCUGCGGACCUGUCCCCAGCGGCCUCCCCGGCCGCCUGCGCUAUAGCUCUUCCUGGCAGAUGGCCAGGCUUGGGGGUUGGACCCGAGGCCGCAGGGUUCUUGGGUUACAGCAAAGGGCUGCUGUGGCCCGGCAGUGGGGACUCGACUGGCUUGCAGGGUGGGCAGGUGGCCUUCAAGCUGCUGCUCCCAGAGGAAAGCUGAGCAGCUUGUGAGCGGGUGGCGCCGGCCGCAGGCUGGGCUGCGGGGAGGACUGACCUCACGGAGGGCGCGCGGCCUGUUCGCUCCGCAGGGAGAGAAAACGUUCUUCACGCGGGGCUGUGACAUACGUAGAGAUUAAAGUUUUGUAUUUUUGUAACAUC